GUCCGCCACCGUGUUAUGGGCGUGCGCAACUGCCUCGACGGCAAUAAUAUGUCAGGACAACGCGAUAUCCCCCUUGAACUCGGGGAGCAGCCCGAGCAACCAUCUUUGGAGGCCCCAGGGGCAGCUGCCCCCAGUUCUGGGCCUGGCGCAGCCGAAGAGAUGGAGACCGAACCGCCUCACAGCGAGCCCGUCCCCAUCGAGAGUGAAGGCGAGGCCUGUGGACCCCCAGAGGUCUCCAGGCCCAACUUGCAGGACCUGGGCCAGGCCAUCGAGGAAGCCGGAGCCCAUGGAGGCUACAGCCCACCUCCUGAGGAAGCCAUGCCCUUCGAGGUCGAGCAGCCCAGCUCAGGAGGCUUCUGGCCUACCCCGGAGCAGCCUGGAGACACCACUGGGGCCCGUGCAGGCCUUGAGGUCUUCAGCCAGGCGCUCAUGGAGCCUGGAGCCUUCGGUGAUGCCGGACCAGGCCUGGGAGGCUACAGCCCUCCACCCGAAGAAGCCAUGCCCUUUGAGUUUGAGCAGCCUGCCCAGGGAGGUGGCAGCCAGCCUGUCUUGCAGGUCUCAGACCUCGCUCCGGGAGGCCCAGGUGCGGGGGUCUUUAGCACUCCUCCGCAGGAGCCCCAAGCUCUCAGACCUGCAAACGCAGGCUUCAGAGGAGACCGUAGCCCUCCCCCUGAGGAGGCUAUGCCAUUUGAGUUUGAUGGAGCAGCCUUUGGGGACGACAGCCCACCCCCUGGGCUCCCCCGAGCUAUUCCACAAAUCGACGGCGGCAGCGGCGGCCAGUCCGCGGCACCCGCGGUCCCGAGUGCGGUCCUCCUCGCUCCCGCCGCGAACGAGCCCCCCCUCUGGGUCCCAGGCGCCAUCGGCAGCCCAUCCCGAGAGGCUGUCAGAGCUCCUCCACACUUCGCGGGCGACAGCCCCCCGAUGGAGAUCUCCGGACCCCCGCUCGAGAUUGGCAGCGCCCCCGUUGGGGUCGACGACGCUCCCGUCAACAUGGACAGCCCCCCAAUCGCGCUUGACGGCCCGCCCAUCGAGGUCUCCCGAGCCCCAGUUAAGAGAGAGCGAGCAGAGGGAGAGAGACCCCCAGUUGAGGGAGAAGCAGCCGAGAUGGAAGGAGGCUCAGCCGCCGCUGUUGCGGAGGGAGGAAAAGUCCCCUCUCCGGGGGACCGAGCCCCUGACGCCGGGGCCAAGCCUGCUUCUCCAGCCGCCGGGGCAGCCGCUGCCGCCCCUGACGCUCCAGCCGCCGGGGCAGCCGCUGCCGCCCCUGACGCUCCAGCCGCCGGGGCAGCCCCAGCCGCCCCUGACGCUCCAGCCGCCCCUGACGCUCCAGCCGCCGGGGCAGCUGCUCCAGCCGCCCGGGCAGCCCCUGCCGCCCCUGCGUCUGGAGCCCGACCCAAGCUCCGCUUCCUUAGACCCCCCAGCCCCGAGAUCCAGGCUGCCGAUCCGCCUACUCCGCAGCCUCCUCGCGCGUUUGCCUGGCGGGGCAGGUCUGGCCGCAGCCGCGACGACGAUGAGGGGUCGGUCAGCAGCGACGACGACCACAGCAGCGAUGAGUCCGACGAUGGGACCUCCGGAUGCCGCCGCUGGCUGCAGCCCCGGCGAAAUCGCCGCCGCCGAAAGCCCCGGCGCAACUUGCUCCGCAACUUCCUCAUGCAGGCCUUCGGGGGCUGCUUCGGCCGAUCUGAGAGCCCCCAGCCCAAAGCCUCGCACAGCCCCAAGGUCAAGAAGAUUCCUCUGGCGGAGAAGCGCAGACAGAUGCGCAAGGAAGCCCUGGAGAAGCGCGCCCAGAAGCGCGCAGAGAAGAAACGCAGCAAGCUCAUCGACAAACAACUCCAGGAGGAAAAGAUGGGGUACAUGUGUACGCACCGCCUGCUGCUUCUAGGUGCCGGAGAAUCUGGUAAAAGCACCAUUGUGAAGCAGAUGAGGAUCCUGCAUGUUAAUGGGUUUAAUGGAGAGGGCGGCGAAGAGGACCCGCAGGCUGCAAGGAGCAACAGCGAUGGUAGUGAGAAGGCGACCAAAGUGCAGGACAUCAAAAACAACCUGAAAGAGGCGAUCGAAACCAUCGUGGCCGCCAUGAGCAACCUGGUGCCCCCUGUGGAGCUGGCCAACCCUGAGAACCAGUUCAGAGUGGACUACAUUCUGAGCGUGAUGAACGUGCCUGACUUUGAUUUCCCUCCUGAGUUCUAUGAGCAUGCCAAGGCUCUGUGGGAGGAUGAAGGCGUGCGUGCCUGCUAUGAGCGCUCCAACGAGUACCAGCUGAUCGACUGCGCCCAGUACUUCCUGGACAAGAUUGAUGUCAUCAAGCAGGCUGACUAUGUGCCCAGCGAUCAGGAUCUGCUUCGCUGCCGCGUCCUGACUUCUGGAAUCUUUGAGACCAAGUUCCAGGUGGACAAAGUCAACUUCCACAUGUUUGACGUGGGUGGCCAGCGCGAUGAACGCCGCAAAUGGAUCCAAUGCUUCAAUGAUGUGACUGCCAUUAUCUUCGUGGUGGCCAGCAGCAGCUACAACAUGGUCAUUCGGGAGGACAACCAGACCAACCGCCUGCAGGAGGCUCUGAACCUCUUCAAGAGCAUCUGGAACAACAGAUGGCUGCGCACCAUCUCUGUGAUUCUGUUCCUCAACAAGCAAGACCUGCUCGCUGAGAAAGUCCUUGCUGGAAAAUCGAAGAUUGAGGACUACUUUCCAGAAUUUGCUCGCUACACUACUCCUGAGGAUGCUACUCCCGAGCCCGGAGAGGACCCACGCGUGACCCGGGCCAAGUACUUCAUCCGCGACGAAUUUCUGAGAAUCAGCACUGCUAGUGGAGAUGGGCGCCACUACUGCUACCCCCACUUCACUUGCGCUGUGGACACCGAGAACAUUCGCCGUGUGUUCAACGACUGCCGUGACAUCAUUCAGCGCAUGCACCUUCGUCAGUAUGAGCUGCUCUAAGAAGGGAACACCCAAAUUUAAGUAAAGCCUUAAGCACAAUUAAGAGUGAAACGUAAUUGUACACGCAGUUGAUCACCCACCAUAGGGCAUGAUUAACAAGGCAGCCUUUCCUUUUCCCCCCAAGUGAUUUUGCGAAACCCCCUUUCCCCUUCAGCUUGCUUAAAUAUUCCAAAUUUAGAAAGCUUAAGGCGGCCUACAGAGAAAAAGGAAAAGGCCACAAAAGUUCCCUCUCUCUUUCAGUAAAUAAAAUAACAGCAGCAAACAGAAAUAAUGAAAUAAAAUAAAUGAAAUAAAACAAAAGAAGUGAAAUAAAUAUUGUCUUGUGCAGCAUUAAAAAAAUCAAAAUAAAAAUUAAAUGUGAGCAAA